ACUCAUCAGUGUACUACAGUGUAACACUCCGUUCAAAGCCUUGUCUUGUCCAAAGAGAUUUAAAAAAAUCUGAAAUGCGUCUGUCACUUUCUGUAUUUGUCGUCUUCAUAGUGGCUUGUAUGGCCACAGCAGAGGAAGGAGGAGAGAACCUGGCGUACAACUACUACCCGUAUUAUUAUGGGCCUAACGCAAGAUUUUUAAUUACUUCGACAACAACGACAACAACUGUUUCGACGUCGACUUCUACGGUCACUUGUACGAAAGCCUACACUGGCACGACUAAUUGCCGCCGAAGACGAGGUCUCCUGCACGACGAUGAGGAUGAAGAGCAAUUUCCCAUUGCUCCUUCUGCCGUUCAAGGAGUCGAGGCUACACAGUUACCAAACCGAGAGGCACGCGCUGCUGAUCCACAAGUGUUCGUUGUAUCUCCGUUCGGCUACCUGCCCCAAGAUGUCAACUCAGGUUUCUAUAACGGCCUGUACAAUUAUCGCCCUGCUGUACCAAUGCCUUACUACGACCCAGCCUACGCUCAACCCGUCGCUGGCAAUCGCAUUUUUCUCAGCACUAUUUUGCAAGCGGCGCUUCCAGCGUUUUUGAAGCAGACUUCCACGGUUACGGUUACGUCAGUUACAUUCACCGUCAGCACAUCCACCUCGGUUCCAACUUGCAAACCAGCGACCAACACGUUACCGACGUGUCCAGCUUAAACAUGAUCAGUGAUCAUUUAUCAAUCAGCUGUCGAGCACUCAAUUCAAGAAAAUUUCGCAUAAUUAACUUGAUAAGACAAAAUGUGCAUUUCUUUUUCUUUUGCAGCACUGUAUUGUUGCUUUAUUUAAUACAUUCAAGCAGAAUUCA